CUUCCCAUUUUUGAUUUCUCUUUCUGAUCUGUUUGGUUGCUAUGAUUUACUUGGCAUUUUAAUACAUAACGAAAAUUGGAUGUAUUUAUAAAAUUAUACCCUGGAUUUUGCUCCCCCAUAUAAGAGAGGUAGCGAGACACAGAGAGAGAGAGAAGAAAACCCAGCUAUACUCGAAUUUCUAUUUUCUCGUUAACCAAAGGCUUUGGAUUUGGUGUCCUAGUUUUUCCUUCCAAUUUUCUUAAUGACCAAACAGUGACAAAUCAUUUUAGAGGAGAGAACUGAAACUGAACUCGCUAGGUUUGGCUUAGCACAUGAGACUAAUGAAAUGAAGUUUCUUUACUUUUCAUUUAUAUUUCAUCUUAUUUGAUUUUCUCUGAGGCCACGCAGGACCCGCAUAAUGGACAAGUUGAAACUAGCCGAAUGGGGCGAGCGUUUGAAGACCGGAGGAGCACAAAUGGGCAGAAUGGUGAGCGAGAAAGUGAAGGGAAUCCUCCAGAGCCCCACGCCAGAGUCAAAAAUGGUGGACGAGGCCACGUCUGAGUCCAUGGAGGAGCCGAACUGGGGGACGAACUUGCGGAUAUGCAAGAUGAUCAACAGCGAGGAGUUGAGCGGGACGGAGAUCGUCAGGUCGAUAAAAAAGAAGAUCUCCGGGGGGGAAGGCGCGGUGAGCCAAAGGUUGAGCCUAGAUUUGUUGGAGGCCUGUGCCAUGAACUGCGAGAAGGUGUUCUCGGAGGUGGCGUCGGAGAAGGUGUUGGAUGAGAUGGUGAAGAUGAUCGAUAAUCCGCAGACGGAUCGUGGGAACAGGAAAAGGGCGAUGGAUUUGAUUAGGGCUUGGGGAGAGUCCGGGGACCUGGCGUAUCUUCCUGUCUUUCGUCAGGCCUACAUGGGCUUGAAAGGAAGAAGCAUACCUCCACUAGUAGAAGAAGGGAACUCACUCCCCAUGCAGUAUUCCUUGGAGUCAUAUGUUCAUCAACAACCUGUGUCUCCACCCGGAAGCUACCCUAUUCCUGACACAGGAAUGCAUGACAUAGGUGGUAGUGCUUUCCCUUUUAACUAUCCAGGCCAAUCAGUUGAAGAGAAGAGGGAAUACCUUGUUGUAACUCGAAACAGUCUUGAACUGCUCUCCAGCAUAUUGGACGCUGAAGCUGAGCCAAAACCUUUGAAGGAGGAUCUUACAAUAAGCAUGCUGGAGAAGUGCAAGCAGUCGCAGCCUGUGAUUAAGGAUAUCAUAGAAAGCACUACCGAUGAUGAAGGGAUGCUUGUUGAGGCCCUUAAUCUUCAUGAAGAGCUUCAACAAGUAAUCUCCAGGUAUGAGCAGUUGGAAGCUGCAGAAAAUCCUGGAGGACAACAGCCGGAGAAGACGGACCCCAUCAAGUAUGAAGAGGUGGAAGCAACUCAAAAGUCUGGAGAAGAAUUGCCUGAGAACUCAGUUGCCUCCAAGAGUGAGGAGUCAGAAGCUGCUCAAAAGCUUGAAGGAAAAUUGCCAGAAAAGCCUUAUCCCUUGAAGGCCGAAUCAAGUGCCCCGAGCACAGUUGUGGAUUUAUCGGAAGCAGAGGGCUGUGACUCAGGCCGCGAGAAGAAAAAUGAGAAAUGAGGAUCAAACGUAGACACCACAACUGAUGGCUCCUUUUGUACCAAUGACUCGAGCAUCAGAUUAUUGCAAUUGGUUAGUGGUAAAUCUAAUUUAGACUGUUGUAGUGAACGUUUUCUCUAGACAUGUAGUAUCUGCAGGAUGUUUGUCAACAGCCUUUCUGGGCUGUUUACAACUUUUAUGGGAUCUUACUCCCUUGUACUACCGAAUAAAAUACAUUUCCUUUGUUUA